GGGCGCAGGCCCGGGCUGACUUCCGAGACGCGCAGCUCCGGCCCCAACAUGCGCCGCUUACUGUGCCUGGUGCUGGCCGCGUCGCUCCUGCACGUGUCCCUGCAAGGCGAGUUCCAGAGGAAGCUCUACAAGGACCUGGUCAAGAACUACAACCCCUUGGAGAGGCCCGUGGCCAACGACUCGCAGCCGCUCACCGUCUACUUCUCCCUGAGCCUUCUGCAGAUCAUGGACGUGGAUGAGAAGAACCAAGUGUUGACCACCAACAUUUGGCUGCAAAUGUCUUGGAUAGAUCACUAUUUACAGUGGAAUAUGUCAGAGUAUCCAGGCGUGAAGACGGUUCGUUUCCCAGAUGGCCAGAUUUGGAAGCCAGACAUUCUCCUCUACAACAGAGAGAGAGACCAACUGAAUGAUGAAGGAUGCUCACUCAUGACAUUGGUGGCCUAUGGCAAAAGAACAAAUGGGAACUUGAUUCUAACCAUCUGAGUGCUUCUCACUGGUACUUACCUAGGUAUUCUCAUUUUCCCAGGGUGCAUUAAUGCUUUAGGGAAUUAUUACAGGAUUCCUUAUUCAUUUUGUAAUCAACAGGCAGGAUAUGUUAUGACUAUGACAUAGUUCCUUUGAUGUUCUCAGUAAGCAGAACAUAUGAUGGGUUCCAUUUUAUAGACUUCCAGUAGGUGCCUCUAAAGUCUUGUGGCAGGUGGCAUCUGGGUUUGAAGGUGUCAGUUCUUCCUGACCUUCCAGUGGACAUUGUCACAUUCUUUUUAUCUUGGCUUUGUUGACCCUUUUACCUCAUUUAUUGUGAAAUCCAACUUCAGAUUGAGAGGGAAAAAAAAAAAGUCUUC